AAGUUUUUCUGAAUCUCGCGCCAAAACUGAACCGUUUGUUUAGGUUUGAGUGUAGCUGUAACAAUGAUUUAAAUUAAAUUUUAAGUGAAUCAUUCCAAUAUCGAAAAAAUAUUUUUUUUAUUGUUACGAAAAUACUGUGAUUCUAUUGUUUGUGUAUGGAGGGUUUGAAAUGUCUCAACACGGUGCGGCUUUACAAGCGUACAAUCAAGAACUUGUUUAGAAGAAAUGAAAUUAAGACGUAUGGAAUUACAAACUCAGAUUGAGGCUCAAGAAGAUGAAAAAAAUAGUUUGCAAACAGAAAUAGAAAAAUUAUCAUAUAAAUUGACACGUUUAAAUGAUAGCCUAACUAAAAGAAUAGCUGUUAGAAAUGAAUAUGACAGAACCAUUGCUGAUACAGAAACAGCUUAUAUCAAGAUUUUGGAAAGUUCACAGUUAUUACUAAACAUGAUAAAAAAAGAAGCCACAAAUUUAGACCAGACAUUACUUAAAGCAAAUAUGGAUAAACAACAAUAUUGAUCAUAUCAUAAAUAAAUUGAAGAAAAGUGUUUAUUGAACUUAUAUAUUCAAUAACAAAGUAAUUAGUAACAAUCCUAAAAUUACAAAAUUGUAAAUAUUUCUUAAAGUCACUACUUGUAAACUACUUAUUCUUUGAAUCAUAUUUACAUACCAACAUAGUUUCUUCUUUCUUAAUCUGUACACUUAUAAAUACUGGUAUUUUUAUAAUAGAAUUGACCUUAUGAUGUAAUAAUUUUUUCUUACAAAUAAGAUUUAUGAAACAAUAAUUCUUGUCAUACGUUGAUAAAGAUAUUCAAUGUUUACAUUAGUAAUAAUUACGAUCGAUUGUUCCAGUUAGCAGUAUUAUGCAUUAUUUAUAUAAAAAUACCAUAAUAAAUUAUAUUUGGUAUUAUAACUUGUUAUGUACAUAAAGACUGA